CAAGGACCAAAAUCGAUGGUGAUGAACCACAAUCAUUGUUGAUUGAUAUUUCAUCCAAUACAGAUCGAUCGAUUUCUGAAUUGGAACAAUCAGUCAAACAAAUGUCAAUCAAAGAAGAAUCACCAUCAAUGAAAACUUGUCAUGAUUCGGUGAUUCAAACCGGUGGUGCCAUUGAUAAAAAUCUAUUACAGCCUAAUAUUAUGACAACAUCGUUUGAUUCAUCGUUGAUGCAUUCUACAUCACCGGCUGGUAUGGCACAACAGCCACAAUAUUAUCAACAACAAAUACAAUAUUAACAUCAGAAAAAAUUGAAGAAAGACAAAAUGAAAUGCUUAAACAACAUGAAAUGGAACGGAUGAAACAUAAAUCGAGAAUUCAUGAGAUUCUAAAAGGACGAACACGUAAAGAUGAUUCUGGAAGCAAAAGUCCAAUCAAUAAUAAAAAUAAUGAAAAUGAUGAUUCAACAUCGGCGACAGAAUCAUCGAGUGAAUCACAACAUGGUCAUGGUCAAACACAAUCAUCGGAUUCAAGCCUUGAAACAACAACAUCAUCAUUGAAACCAAUCCCAAAUGGCAGUAAUAAUAAUAAUAAUAGUGAUAAUAAUAAUACAAAAACCAAUGGCCAUACAAAUGGACAUUAUGAUGAUAAUUUAUUGACAUAUUCCAUUUCUAAAACAAAUGGUAAUGUUAUUAAUCAUCAUUCACAAACCGAACAACAACAACAACAGGACUCAGAAGCUGCUGCUGCUGCUGCUAAUGGUUUCUAAUAAUAUAAACAAGAUGAAAAUAUUCACAAAAAAUUCAAAUUUGGCUCUUGUUUCCUUUUCUCGAUUCAUACAUCAAUUCUUUAGGUCAUCAUCAUAAUUAUCAUCAUCACUAUAUUAUCAUGAAUUGAUUAUCGUUGAUAUGAUAU